AUGUCUGUGAAACGCAUUUCUGUUCUGGUGCUGCUGCUACAGCUGAGUUGUUUCAUCAGCUCUGGGAGUUGUGGAAAGGUGCUGGUGUGGCCAAUGGAAUUCAGCCAUUGGAUGAAUUUGAAGAACAUUCUUGAAGAACUUAUUCAGAGAGGUCAUGAAGUAACUGUUUUGAGAUCUUCAGCUUCUAUUGUAAUCAAUGCCAAGAAUGAAUCCGAAAUUAAAUUUGAAACUUUCCCUACAUCUUACACUAAAGACGAAUUUGAGAAUUUUUUCAUGGAAUGGUUUGAUGAGAUGAUAUAUAAUAUAUCAAUGGAUAUAUAUUGGGAACACUUUCCAGUACUGAAAAAUUUUGUUCUAAAAUAUUCUGAUAUUUAUGAAAAUAUCUGCAAAGAUAUAGUUUUGAACAAGAAACUCAUGAUGAAGCUGCAGAAAGCAAGGUUUGAUGUUGUUAUUGCAGAUGCUGUUAGUCCUGGUGGUGAGCUGCUGGCUGAGCUGCUUAAAAUCCCCCUUGUGUACAGUGUCCGUGCCUCUUUUGGUUAUACUUUGGAAAAGCAUGGUGGGGGGCUUCCACUUCCUCCAUCCUAUGUACCUUUGUUGUCCUCUGGUUUAGGUGGCCAAAUGACAUUCACAGACAGGAUAAUAAAUAUGCUAUGCGUGCUUUACUUUGACUUCUGGUUUCCAAAGUUUAAUGAAAAGCGGUGGGAUCAAUUUUACAGUGAAGUAUUGGGAAGACCUGCUACAUUCUUGGAGAUAAUGGGGAAAGCUGACAUGUGGCUCAUUCGAAGCUAUUGGGAUUUGGAGUUUCCUCGCCCACUAUUACCAAACUUCCAGUUUGUUGGAGGGCUCCAUUGCAAACCUGCCAAACCUCUGCCCAAGGACAUGGAAGACUUUGUGCAGAGCUCUGGAGAAGAGGGAGUUGUGGUGUUUUCUCUGGGUUCAAUGAUCAGUAACAUGACAGAAGAGAGGGCCAAUGUGAUCGCAUCAGCCCUUGCUCAACUUCCACAAAAGGUUCUUUGGAAAUUUGAUGGCAUGAAACCACACACUUUAGGACCCAACACUCGCCUCUAUAAAUGGAUGCCGCAGAAUGACCUCCUUGGUCAUCCAAAAACCAAGGCUUUUAUAACUCAUGGUGGAGCCAAUGGCAUCUAUGAAGCAAUCUACCAUGGCAUCCCGAUGGUGGGCAUUCCUUUGUUUGCGGAUCAACUUGAUAACAUCAUAUACAUGAAGGCCAAAGGAGCAGCUGUUAUGUUGGACUACAAAACCAUGUCAAGUGCAGAUUUGCUCAGUGCAUUGAAGACAGUCAUUAAUGACCCUUCAUACAAAGAGAAUGCUAUGACAUUAUCCAGAAUUCAUCAUGAUCAACCCAUGAAGCCCCUGGAUCGAGCAGCCUUCUGGAUCGAGCAUGUCAUGCGUCACAAAGGAGCCAAACACCUUCGGGUUGCAGCCUAUGACCUCACCUGGUACCAGUACCACUCUCUGGAUGUGAUUGGAUUCCUGCUGGCCUGUGUGGUUACUGCUGUACUCAUCAUCAUAAAAUGCUGCCUUCUUAUUUAUCAUAGUAUUGUUGCAAAAGGAGAGAAGAGAAAGAGGUAUUAG